CGCGAGCAGUGGUUGAGCUCCGUUAGCCCUUAUGCGUACGUUCAGGAUGCAUAGAAAUGCGCUAAUAAUAGCGUUUGCAGCGAUGCUGGCCUCGGAAGUCGCAGCUUUUUCCCUGGUGCAGCCGUGCAGCAGGCUGCAUUGCAGCAGGCUGGCCGCGACCGAUGAAGAGAUCGCAUGGAUGCUCGACGACAGCGCCUGGGACGAGGACGACGACGAAGACGACGAAGCGUUCGACGAGCAAAUGCGCAUCCGUGCAGCGGCGGAGCACGAGAGCUACGCGUCGCGCACCACGCCGCUCGCACCGGCGACAGACGCCGUCGACGCGGUGCGAACGCGCGGCGUGGCCCUCGUCGAGGACGCCCUGCCGGACGCGUCGUUGCGCGAAGCGUUGCGAAGCCGCAUCCUCGAGCGACGCGACGCCGGCGCCGGGCUCUCGGCAGUGCUCGGCGAGCGAUGCGACGGCGGCGCGACGACGCGCUUUGACAUAAGGCUCCCCUACGACGACGUCGUGUCUGAGGCGACCACGACGCUCCUACGUGGACCGCUCGCGGCCGCCCUCGACGCGCUCGUGGGACCCGAAGCGCAGCUCUGGGAGUGCGCGGCAUUAGUCAGCGAGGCCGGGGCGCCGGCUCAGACUGUGCAUGGAGACACGUUCUGGGAUUCUGAACCCUGCUUGUAUACGGCGUUCGUCGCGCUGCAGGAUAUAGACCUCGAGCGGGGCCCGACGCUCUUCUUCCCCGGCAGCCACCUCUCGCCGGACGCGCAGGACGACCUCGAGGACGACGGGCCCUCGGUCUUGGACGCGUUCGGCGCUGAGCUCGGGGCCAUGCGCGCGGGCGCCUGCACAUUAUAUGAUGGGCGGCUCCUCCACGCGGGCCAGCCGAACAGCAAGGGGACGCGCGUGCUCUUCUACGUGUCGUUCAAGGCGCCGGGCGCCGACGGCGGCCUCGGCAACGAGGCCGCGCAUUCCAUCGACGCUGAGUUGUUCGGCCGCGGCCUGACGCUCGGCGACCUCAUUUUGUCUGUGUAAUUGUGAUAGUCUAGGACUCUUAACAAGGGAUGGGAUGGGGGAAC